AUGGGGCAGCGCAUGGACCGCCAAGCUGGAAAGCACCUGCUGCACGAUGGGCCGCAGCCGGGCGUCCUGCUCGGCAGGCACGCGCGGGGGCAGCACACGGAGGCCCUCCUGAGCCUGAUGCAGCCGGAGGAGAGGGCCAGUAGAUCGAUGAUGACCGUUGACCUCGGCGUCGUCCUCAUGCGGGUGCCCAAGGCCGACGCCCCGAAGCCAGGCGACGGCCCCUUCGGGGCGAGCGCGGCCGUGCGGGCGCGGCUCAAGUUCGUGGACUCGGUGGGGAGGAAGGUGUCGGACACAGUGCUGCAGGACGCCUUCUUCGAGGAGGGCGAGGACAGCGCCGGGCUUCUCGCGGUGCCGCUGAGUUUCAACCAGCGGGUCCCCGCGGGCUCCACCGGGGACCUGCCGUUCAGCGGGUCGCUGCUCGCCAUGCACCACAGUGCCAUGGCUGGCCAGCACGGUGGCAAAGGGGGCCAGCGCGGUGGCAUGGGCGGCCAGGCGGCACACUGGCCAGCGCCGUCCCCGCCGCCUCCGCCACAGUGCUGGUGGUGCCCGCAGUACCAUGGCGCCAACUCGAUGUUGGACAGGCUGUGCAGGAUGUGCUACCCGUGGCGCCGCAGGGCCGCCUGCUCCCCAGACGUGGCGUUCGAGGAGACGGAGGCCGACAUACGCUUGCAGGAGACGUACCACACCUACCUCGACCUCCAGAAGGUCAAGCAGCAGCGAGAUGAUGAGGUGUCCCGUGCUCAGUUGCUCCUUGCCCAGCUUGAGCAGAUGUUCCCUGCGCCCAUGGAGCAGUGGCGGCCGUCGCGGAGCUGCAGCAGGGGCCGGGUCAUCACGGCUCAGCAGUUCGCAGGCUUGGCGACGGUCUUGGGAGGGCUGCAGACGGCGCUCUCUAAGAUGCACGGAGACCAGGCGGCGCGGCGGAAGUGCCGACGCCAGCGGGUGGCGGAGGCGCGCAGGGCCGCGGGAGGCGUGCCUGAGCCUGCGGGGGCGCCGGCGGUGGCGGCUGCCGCAGAGGCGCCUGGCGGUGCGGUGUGCCACGCCCGCGAGGCCGAAGGCGACACGGCCUCCCUCGUUGACGGGGGCGGAGGCGGCGGCGAGACGGAGACGCUGCCAGCGGAGCCAUCAGCGGCGCCCCUCGCGGCGCAUGCGGCCUGCGGAGCGGCGGCCGCGGCCUUCGCGGAGGCGACGGACUCCCAGCCCUCGGCCAGCGUCGAGCUCCGGCGCAUGCUGGAGCCCGUUGGCCAGAGGCCAGUUGCCAGCGUCUGA